AGAGCCGUACCUGUCUGAAGUCAUGUGGUUUGGGGUUCUUGUAAGACCCAGAUGGGAACUUUCCCGUCUUGACAAACAUCAGCUGAGAUUCCAGAGCAUCAGGAGGCUUGAUCAGACAGAGUUCUGUACAGCCUCAGAGAGAAAUCUGGUGGCUUGAUGCUCCUCACGUCGCUUUGACUCUCAGUCUGUGGGAGUGUGAACCAUUUGCUUCUUGCAAAAGAGAGAGACUGACUUGCAGAGAAUUUGAUUUUGUCCUCAAAGCAGACUGAGGACAGUGGCUGCGACAAACUAUAUGGAGCCAUCCUGACAACAAAGCAGGGGCCCAACAAAGGCAGUAGGGAAGCGCCAUCAUCCCAAUGUGCUUGUUUACUACAAAAGCACUUUCACCCUUUACUGAAUAUGAGCAGCCUCAGGUGAUGGAGAGAGUCAACUGUGAGGAGGACAGAGAGGUUAAACCCAGAAAGUCAUGUUUGGAUCUUCAGAACAUGGUUUUGGACUCAAGUUUGGGACUUGUUUCUCCACGCUUAAAUCUUUUUACUGUGCUUUUCUGCUCUGCUUGUGUUUGCCUUCAGUCCACUUGACAUCGUUUUCCUGUCAGCAGGCCGAUGGAGAUUUAAUUUCUGAUUGUGUAAGACGAAGCAGACGGGAAGAAAGUGGGUUUUUACCUGAUGGCUAUUCCAGGCUGUGAGCAGGUUGAUGGUCCAGGAGAUUUACGAGGGAGGAGUUUUAUCCCUCCUCUGCCUGGGAGUCAAACAGAGGAGCGUUUCAACAAGACAGUCAGGCACCUCCAUGUUGCACUGGGAGAAGACCGGAGCAAUCUACGAACUGCACAGCUGUCAGCUUCCCAUUGGUUCUCACUGGAGCUGCAGUAAUAAUCGUCCAAAGUGAAACCCCCUCGUGCAGCAGCUCAGUGGCAGCAGAUGUGUGCAGAUGUGCGCAGAUGUGUGGAGGUGUGGGUCAUGAGAAGGUGUACCGCUGAUGCCCCUCCUAACACACUGUGAUGCUGCAGCCCGCGGCAGUCUGUGGUCAGCCGCUGCAGUCCGGCGUCUGCGAUCAGCCGACAGCCUCCACAAGAGACCUGAGCCCAGCCUCCAGCCGGGACUCCCUCCCGCUCCCACUCGCUCUGCGGCGGAUAUCGGGACAGGACGGCUGCGCUCCUGUUGCUCCGAGCAGAACACGGGACGUUCGGUCACAGCGCUGGUUCCGGUUGUGAGGUCGAGCGCUGGUCGCUGCAGGACGAUGAGACCUGAAACUGUCCUGAAACUUCUUCCGUGCGUCGUGUUCUUACUUCGUCACGCAAUGCACGCGCAGACAGUUCCCCCUCCAGAGUGCGCACCAGGCGGCCACUCCAUCCUCCAGAACCCCUACCGCAGCACCACCUUCAGCUCCAGCUGGCUGCAGCAGUCCUCCCUGCAGGACUUCAUCUGCGACCACUCCCUCGCUCCAGGAUGGUACCAGUUUCAGAUUUUUGAUAAGCCGGCGAGCAUGCCCACCCAGUGUGUGGAGGUGAACCACUGUGGGACCCAGGCUCCAGUGUGGCUGUCCCUGGGUGAGGGUGAGUCCUUGCCGGGGCCUCUGGAGGUCAGGCAGCUGACGGCCUGUGCUGCCUGGCAGUUCUUCCCGAGCAGCAGCAAAGACUGCUGCAUGUUCCGCAUCCCGGUCACCGUCCGCAACUGUGGAGACUUCUACGUUUACCUGCUCCAGCCGACGCAGGGAUGCAUGGGAUACUGUGCACAGGAGAUGUCAGACACUUCGGCCACGACGUCGCUGCCCUGCAGCCCUGACGAGGUGAACGUCGGUGGAACAUGUAAAACAAAGCAGCCUCCCAGUCCAUCUGCACCAGUGAUCGUCUCAGAAGUUGCAGGAAACACCGUCUACCUGAAGUGCAGCUUCGGGAGCAGCUCCAACAGCUCACUGGGUUACGUGGUGGCCUGGUCCCGCCUCUCACCUGAGGGCAGGAAGGAGGAGCUCAAACAGGAGACCACCAUCCAGACCUCCGCCUUUAUCGAGCUGGACGGCUUCAACCUCCGUCUGGGGGACAAGAUUUACUGCUCCAGUUCCAGUUUCUUCUUGGACUCACCUGACGUCCGUGGAGUUUCAGUGGAAAGUCCGGAGUUCUUUGCAGGGAUCAGGCUCAGACCUGAGGUGAGCAGCGUACUUGAGGAUGGGAGGCUGUAUGAGUUGGUGGUUGAGAGCACAGUUCCUGUCCCGUGUCUGGACGAGUCCUCCUCCUCUACAGAACAGUGCACUCUGUCCCUGCAGCUCAGCACAAACAGCAAAGAUGAAGGUUUCUUAGGUACAGAUGUGUCUCUGUCCUCCUGUGUGGUGGAUCUGUCCCGGGGCACAUGCAGGGACGGGGUUUGCAGCCGAGCUCUGAUCCACUUCAGCCCCGUCACAGACUUUGUCAACGACGGCAACAGGACAACUCAGAUUGCCAUUAAACCCAUCAGCACACAGAAUUACCUCUGGAACGGAUACACACCUGAGCAUGUUGAGAUAACAGUGAAGGACGUCCCUUCAGCCUACUGCUACUCCUUCACCGAUCCUCACAUUAUCACAUUUGAUGGCAGGCGAUAUGAAAACUACCAAAUAGGCACCUUUGUGCUCUAUAAGAGCAGCUUGUGGCCGUUUGAGGUCCAUGUACGUCAGUGGGAGUGUGGCAGUUUGGUCCACGCCGCCUCAUGUGUAUGCGGCUUCGUGGUGAGGGAUGGCGGCGAUGUUAUCGCUUUUGACAUGUGCGGUGGAGAACUGGGUGAAACCAAACCUCACCUGUCUGUGAAGAACAGAGACCUGACCAAAAGUGGCAUUCGCAUCACCGAGUCCUACCAGGGACGCAAAGUCACGCUUACCUUCUCGUCUGGAGCGUUUGUUCGUGCAGACGUGUCUGACUGGGGAAUGAGUCUGACACUGAGAGCCCCCAGUUCAGACUGGAGCCACACUGAGGGUCUAUGUGGGACAUACGACGGACAGCCAGACAACGACUUCCACUCAGCAGGGGGCGCCACACUGCAGUAUCUGCACGCUUUUAUCUCUGAAUGGAGACUCCCUCCAGGCAACAGCCUGUUUGACACCGUGCCAUCCCAUCUGGAUACACUGAGUCCCCGCAAGUAUUGUAACUGUCAGUCAGAGCCCCGCCUCACAUCUCCAAGAGCCCGAUCUCAGCCAGCCACCUCCUCCGACUCCACCUGCUCUCAUCAUGGCAACGUGCGUCUCCCCGGUGUCAUCCCCACUCUGGACGUCACCGCCGAGUACAUCAGCUCAGUGGAACUACUCCGAGGUGAAGGAAAUGAAAGACAGUCGCUGCCUCGAGGCCAGUCCAGCCUAAACACCCAGGAUCGGUCCCCCUUAAGAGCCUCCAGGGAUGGAGCUUCAGCCUCAGCCCACCACCAGAAACGGAGAGGCAGGCGGCAGAAUCACCGCUACGUUUCUAACUCUCGGCACCAAAGCCUCAGCCAGUCUGAUCUGGAGGGCUUCACCUACUUCUUCCCUGAGGACCAUGAAGCAGCAGUUCAGCCGGACUCUUCCCUAAUGUGGCCUACACCUUCUGGACUGACCGAGCAGCAGGCCAGGACUCAGUGCCAGCAGACUGUGGCAAACUCCAGCAUAGCGUUAGGCUGCAGGCGCCUGUUACAAGAGUCAAUAAUCAGCCAUGUUGUUUCUAUGUGUGUCACCGACCUACAGCUGAAGGACGAGGUGUCAUGGCUGAAUGCGUCACUGCCUCUGCUGGAAAACGAGUGUGAAAGGAGGCUGAUAGAAGAGAGGAGGAGAGAGGAAGAGUACCAGGAUGUUCUGGCUGUCCUCAAGUGCCCCAAUCACUGCAACUGGAACGGCCAGUGCUCAGAGUGGGGCUGCGUCUGCUUCCCAGGAUUUGGGUCAUAUGACUGCAGCAUGCUGUCUGACCAGAUCCCAGAGAUCACUGAGUUGGAGAAGGAGGGUCUGUGUGACGUCCGACAGGGAGACUGCUCCACCGUCCAGGUGUACGGUCACGGUUUCAAGGACUCCUACGAGCUCAAGUGUGAGUUUGUUAAAGAAAAGUUCGUGGAUGGGGAGUGGGUUCUGGACGAGCCCCAGUUUGUCCUGGCCAUCUUUCUGGAUGUGACAGCUCUGGAGUGCCAGCUCCCUCUGGAGGACAGCCCGGCUCCUGCAGACCAGGAUCUGGAAACAGCGACAAACAGACCACUGGCUCGCUGGCAGAUCAAAGUAUCCAAUGAUGGCUACAGUUACAGUAACGCAAAGAUACUGACUCUGUAUGAUGGAGCCUGUCAGAUCUGCAGCCUCGACACUGAAGUCCUCUGCACCCUGAGGGAGAAAACAUGCAACAUCGACGGCCUCUGUUACAGCGAGGGGGAGUCCAAUCCCAGCAGCCCUUGUCUCACAUGUCGGCCAGACUCAUCCAAACACACCUGGUCCGUAGCAGAGAAGAACGAGCCCCCGGUGCUCCAGUCGAUGCCGUUUCAUCUCCGGUCCUUUCAGGGAGAGAAUUUCAUCUACCAGCUUCAAGCUCGGGACCCCGAGGGCUCGUUGGUGCUCUUCACCCUGGAAUCAGGUCCUGUAGGAGCGUCUCUGUCCCCGGCCGGCCUGCUGAUGUGGAAGGCUACGGCUGAAACUACAGACACACACACUCUCCAGUUUAUCGUGACUGACGACUGUAACGCUGAGACCAGAGCCUCCAUACAGGUGUCCGUGGGCUCCUGUGAAUGUCUGAACGGAGCUUCCUGCGUGACCAACGUCAACCUCCCUGCCGGCAGCGGGGCGUACCUGUGCGUGUGUCUGCAAGGAUUUAAAGGUGAAAGGUGUGAGGUGGACAUUGAUGACUGCAAACCCAACCCCUGCAGACUGGGCCGCUGUAUUGACGGCCCCGACUCCUUCUCCUGUAUCUGCCCAGCUGGAAUGACGGGCCGUACAUGUAGAGAAGAUAUAGACGAGUGCGUCUCUCAGCCUUGUUUCCAUGGAGUCGGCUGUAACAACACGCUGGGCUCCUUCAUCUGUGGAGUCUGUCCACCAGGAUACAGUGGUGACGGGAGAAACUGUGCACGUAACCAAGACUCUCCAGUCAGAGAAGCAGCGACCACACCAGCAAGGGUACCACAGGUUUCACUCAGGCCCAAACCAACGGGCUCGUCGCCGUGCUCCAGAAGGCCGUGUCACCCGGGCGUUCAGUGUUUUGAGAGCGUUCACGUCUCAGCGGGCUUUGUCUGCGGACCCUGUCCUCCCGGUCUCCAUGGAAAUGGAAAAACGUGCACGACGACAGGUCAGGGGACAGUCGCCAGCGGAGCAGAUGGUCAUAUUCACAUCUUCAAAUCAAAUUCCAGCAGGGACUUGACUCCCACUUCUUCCUCUUCACCAUCUCCCACCUCCCCCAGACGACCUGCUGACAGGAGGACGAGACCAGACGCCACCAUCUCCAGUAUCAGGAGAGUUUCACCCGGAGACAGAAAGACCACAGCAACGCCGCAGAAUCAAACUGCAACCAGAGUGCCGCUGGAUCCCGACCUCACCACGGGGGUCAGAUGGGGGUCAGCAUCUCAGUAUGUGACCUGUGCUGACUCUCCCUGCUUCCCAGGUGUUCCCUGUGAGCCCACUGUUACCGGUUCCUUCAGGUGUGGACGCUGCCCGUACGGUUACACUGGAGACGGAGUCACAUGUAAAGCUGUGUGCAGGUAUCAGUGUGGGAGGAACAUGGAGUGCACUCUGCCCAACACCUGCACCUGUAAGGAAGGAUACACCGGAUACAGCUGUCACAUUGCCGUGUGUCGACCCGACUGCAGGAACCAGGGGAAGUGUGUGAAACCGAACGUGUGCGAAUGUCCUGUGGGCUACAGUGGGCCCACCUGUGAGGAAGCGAGCUGCGAGCCGCCUUGUCAACAUGGAGGCACGUGCCUGGCCAGAAACCUGUGCACCUGUCCCUACGGCUACGUGGGACCCAGAUGUGAAAUCAUGGUGUGUAACAGGCACUGUGAAAAUGGAGGCGAGUGUGUUUCUCCUGACGUCUGCAAAUGCAAACCUGGCUGGUACGGACCGACAUGUAACUCAGCUCUCUGUAACCCCGUCUGUCUGAAUGGAGGAACCUGCAUGAAGCCCAACAUCUGUGCCUGUCCCAGUGGCUUCUACGGCUCUCAGUGUCAAAUUGCUGUGUGCAGUCCUCCUUGUAAGAACGGAGGUCAGUGUCGGAGGAACAACGUAUGCUCCUGUCCUGAAGGCUACACGGGAAAACGCUGUCAAAAGAGUGUGUGUGAGCCAAUGUGCAUGAACAAAGGCAAGUGUGUGGGACCCAACACAUGCUCCUGUGCCUCAGGAUGGAGAGGGAAGAGGUGCAACAUACCUGUCUGUCUGCAGAAGUGUAAAAAUGGCGGCGAGUGUUUGGGACCAAACACCUGUCACUGCCCUGCCGGCUGGGAAGGUCUCCAGUGUCAAACACCGGUUUGUAAACAGCGGUGCCUGAACGGAGGGAGGUGUGUUCUUCCCGACUACUGCCACUGUCGGAAAGGCUACAAGGGCCUCACCUGCGCAUUAAAGGCAUCACAAGCAUGAUGGAGAAAGAUGAAACAAUGGGAUGAAAGAAGCUACAAAAUGCACAGAGCAAGAAGAGAGCACCAUAAAUUGUGUGUGUGUGUGUGUGUGUGUGUGUGUGUGUGUGUUGAUGGAUAGUGGCGUGUGCAUGAGUGUGUGGCUCUGUGCACAUCUGAAGGCUACCAGAGGGACUUGAUGUAUUGCACUUGUCAUUGCGUCCCUGUAUAUCACUACCUCAAGGCUCAAAGUGACACACAUCUGUUAAGUGCAUCUGCAGCUCACACAGAGACUUUUACACAGAUGUGUGUGUGCGUGUUGCUGCGCGGCGUUAUGGAAAAGAAGUAAAUGAAAAAUGAAUCCGUUUCAGUUAUGAGUCAUUCAGAAGAAGUAGGUUGUUACCAGCGAGCUUUUAGUGUUUGGCUGUGUUAAGCUGUUCACACGUUAGCAAAACGAUAGCCUAGUUAAAACUGAACCAAACUGAUGUUCAGUGAAAAAUAGAAAAUAUGCUUUGUUAGGUUUGUAACCUGUUUUAGACUGAAGACUUUCACAUGGAUUUAAUACAAAUUGCAUUUGUUUUCUGUAUUGCUUUUAUUAAUAUAUUGUUUGAUUUGGCCUGUUUAAGUUAUGGACUUUUAUCUAUACACUGAUACUAAGUAAAUAUGUUGAAGUAAUGAGAAUGUGUUUGAGUUUAUGUAGGGUUUGUUUUUAAAAAAUAAAAACUCUUGUCAGCACCAGAUUACAAUACAGUACAAGUUCCAUGUGACAAAAUAAACAAAAUGUAAACUAUU